AUCUCAUCAAAACAAAUAGAUGAAUGUCUCCAGAAGUGGUGCACAUAAAAUAUGACCCCCAAAAAUCUCCAGGUGUUUACAUUGUUGGAGGCCUGUGACCCCUUUGAAGUAUCUUGAGACAGCCCAUUCACCUUUGCCAGCUGGAUGUUGGUGCACAGUUGUGCACAGUGUCGGUGCAGUGCUACGUUGAUGAAUGCUUUUUGGGCUUUGGAAUUGCAAUCACAGAGACAAUGAACUUGGUGACCAUGAGUUGGUCGGGGAUAGUUAACCAUGCUUUCUUCCUGUAUUUUCUGUUUUCCUUGCACGGCAUUGCUGCAAGCAGCAAAGACCUCCAAAUCAAAACAGAGUAUGAACCGGAGGAAUGUUCAGAGAAGUCAGCAAUGGGAGACACUGUGGCAGUCCAUUACACGGGUUAUUUGGAAAAUGGAAAAGUCUUUGACUCUUCCAUUAAGCGGAACCGUGACCCAAUAGCUUUCACUCUUGGAAGAAAGCAAGUUAUCGAUGGAUGGGAGCAAGGUCUCGUUGGAAUGUGUGUUGGUGAGAAACGACGCCUUGUGAUUCCCCCACACCUCGCCUACGGUGAAUCCGGAUACCCUCCCGCUAUACCACCCCAGGCCACGCUGCUGUUUGAGACGACCCUGGUGAGCAUCACCAAGAACUCUAGCAGCAGCCCCUACCAGGUAGAGGACGUCCUGAGCCUGGUCAAGGUGCUGGGCCCACCCCUCGUCAUCGGCUACCUCUGCUACUACAUGUACAGCAAGUACAAGGAAGAGGCGCAGAUUGCCAAGAGCCUGAAAAAACAGAAGAAGAAGCGGUGAUGUGUGUGCUCUCAUGUUGCGGAUGAUAGCUCGUGUUUGGUUU